AUGCGACGCUGGCGGAAGUUGGAGCGGGACUUCAGUGGCGCUACCCGCGCCACAGCUCUAUUGUCGUGCGAGGAAGCCGUGGUAGACGUGCGCGAGUACGUGACGUGCGGCGACGGGCCCGCAGCUGUGCUGGCUGCUGAGAAGGAGCACGUCAUGGUGGGCAUACAGAUCCGCGUAGACGGCCGACUCGGCGUCAUGCUUGCUGAUCCCGGCUACCACGUGCCCAGAAUCGUCACCGUCAUGCAGGAUCGAAACUACCCACACACUGGUUGGUUCGUGCAGUCGGACGAGCAACACUGCCGCAAGGAGUACAACUACACGUUCAGCGUGCUGAACCCAGGCUACAUCGAGUGGCACGAGCGGGAGACGCGCGGGGAGACUGUGAAGUCUCAGACCUCGCUCGUGUACGCCGGCAGACCGUACCUGGACGGUAUCAACGUCACCGAGAGAAGAAACCUCGUCUACAACUUUAGGAGUCUUCUCUCCCGCGACCAGAAGGGCCACUUGAUAGCCGGCCUCUACUUCCCAGUGGGUGCGACCAUCAAAGACGCGCAGUUCACCCUCUUCCUUAACAACGGGCCUCAAAAGCGGAAGACUAAGUACAAAUUCAGCACUUUUGCUGACCCUGAUGACAUUCCAGAAGAGAUAUUGGAAGAGAUCCAGCUCUGUAAUAACAAGAUGAAUUACAAGGACGGCGAGCUAUUGUCCAUCGUUUGCAAGCUCUCUCGAGUAAUGGCUGACCAAGCCUUCAUCGACCAGAUGCUGGAGAUCAACGAGGACAUCUGUCGCAUGUGUCUCUGA